AUGGCGUUAGACGCCAUUGGGGCGGCGCAUCCUGACAUUCUUUGGGGUUACAUGGACGGACGCUACGCCGGGCCUGGCUGGGUCAGCUGGAUCAAACAACUUUCGGUGGAAACGCUCACCAUGCAAUGCGGUACCUCCAUGAUAAACAUGAACAGCCGUGCGGGAGUCAUUUUAGAUCCAGAGGAACCACGACACCCUAUGGCGUUCAUUCAAUGGGGUCCGAUGAAUCAUUACGAUAGUGCCUUUAUGCAACUCUCCUAUGGGGACUACGGGCCUAUUAAAAAUUGGUCUCGUCUCAUGCAAUUUUUGUAUGAUAAUUAUUUGGAACCCUUUUCCAUGAAUCGCGUGUGCGUUCAGCUGGACUUUUAUCAAAAACUACCAAACAACUACCACGCCUCUGUUGAGGCCUCCGCAGAGUACAUAGGGCAAACCGCCUUGUUGGUUGGACAGGUGAUAGUAGGCAUUGGUUCUGUUAUAAUGGAAGGCGUUACCGUGAAGGGAGACAUGAAUUGUGUCUACAUAGCAGAGGGUGUGCAGGUAAUAGAAAAUACAUCUAUUGUGAGUGAUGCUCCGACAGACUUGUUAGCCUACCAACGUCAUGAGGCCAUUAACCCAUAUCAGCAGUGGGACGGGAUGAGUGGGGUGUGCCGAAUAAUGCCGAACAGAAUCAUUGAACCUAAUUGCUUCCUCGAUAGCUGCUCCAUCGGUCCCUUAAACCGCAUUAGCCACAACACCAAAAUUUUGAAGGGAGUGACGACAGCAACGAUGGUGCACAUUCUUCCAGGCAGUGUAAUUACGGCAGAUAGAAAUGUUGGCGAUGGUGAACUUUGA